AUGUAUGCGACAAUUUUAUUUAUGUUUUACAAUGGGAAUACGUCGCGGGCUUGCACUAGUAAUACAUAAACAGUAUGCUCAGCCUAAAUUUGAUAGAAAGCGUUGCGCUGUAUUAGACGCGAACUUUGCACAGCAAAUGACACGUAAAGUUUUCCCAAGUUUUUUCAGUAAGUUUUUCUUCUCGAUUCGAAACGUUUUCAGGUUAUGGAUGAAGGUGCCCCAACAUCUGAGUCAAAAAGUACGAUGGGUGGAGCUAACCUCCAUACUCCACAGUCUGUAUUCCAACAUAUGAUGGGUCAACAAAACUCGCCGCAACAAGGCGGACCUUGGUUGCAAAUGCCACAGGUACCAGCGUUGUCUAUGCCAUGGAGCGUUCCAGCUUUGCAGCAACCAGAUUUGAUCAGGUUUACUGGUGAAAGAAGCCAGCCUGCCUACGGCACAAUGUCGCUGCACCAAAAAAGAAAAUUGAGCACACCAGAUAUCACAGACACUCGGCAAGUUAAGCAAUUUAUUACCGAAGAAAAGAUUGCCUCACACUUUCAAGGUCUGCACAUUAGUUCCAAUUAUCAAGCUCAAAAUUCACCCCCUGCGACAUCGACAUCUCACUCGCCGCCGAAUGUGUGCAAUAAUUUAGAAUAUAUGAACUCAAAUAUGGAAAGCGCUGAGGGUGUAGACUUUGAUCAAAAUGACUGCAGAAAGCCUAGACUGGUCCUAUCUGAGGAAGUUAGACGGCUACAAGAAGAGCCCCUAAUUCCUGCCGCGCUAUUAUCUAAACUUGAACGACCCUCAAUGGCGCUAGUACUUUGGGAACCACCGAGUAAACACCUCGUCAGGGUAUUACCGGUACCUCGAGAUACAUCAACGCGAAUUCCAAACUUCCUUGAAGAUGGCAACAAUAACAAUAAUAAUAGUAACAACAACAACAAUAAUAGCAGCGGUAUAAUAGAUUUAAAUCAAUCUUCUCCACAACUCGAACCCAUGGAGCUUUGAAAGAAGCUACGAAACAAUUCGUAUUUUUCGUCUUUAUUCAUUAGUACUAACAAUAAGUUUUAAUCAAUAGCCAUCAGAAUUCUCGCAUAAUAUCUGAUCAAAUCAUUUUCUUUCUAUAUCUUCAUCGCCUCUGCGAAGAAUCUAUCAAUCAUUGUUUGUCAAUGAUUAUUAAUGGCAAUGCAAAUGUACACUAUAAUAUUGAAAGUGUUGAAAUUACUGAAUACUGUUACUUUUUAUGGAAGCGAUAGGAUAGUUAACUACCCAAGUUAGCUGUAGCUUAUAUUAUCGAAUAAAUUUUGUUACGUUUUCUCUCAAUACUUAAGUUAGGAUAUAAGUUCAAAUGUGAGAAAUGAAUUGGACCCGUUCAACUAAAAGUGACAAUUGUGGUGAUUUUUUGUGAGAUCGUAAGAAUAUGUGAGGUACUCAAAUACAGACAGCCCCAACAGGCAGUAACGGGAUACUUGGCAACGACGGACUUGAACGGGAAUUCGGGCGGAGCGAGGCAACCUAAACUUGUCACUGGAUGAUGAGGCCGACUGUAAUAAACAUACGCGAGUGUACGGUGAAUUCAAGGGUGAAUGUUGAAAUGAUUUCAUUACGUUAGUCGGACCAGUGCAGUGGAAAAUUCAGGUUCAUAUUCUAUUUAUGUAUAAUCUGUUUUACAUUAAAACGUGGUUGCAUGAAAAUGAUUGCAUUGCAUACUCUUUAUUUUUUCCCUAUCGAGCACUUUUCAAUCAGACAAUAAUUGACAUGAUCUUGGAAGAAAAAUUCACUAUAUUACUAUAUCAUUGGAAUUGUUUUUCAUAACAGGAUGUUAA